CUAUCCUAUCAGCUUUUGUGAACACAAACAGAAUUUUUAGCAAUCUCUUCCUACAAAUUCUAGAUUUGCACUUGCAGCGCUGGUAAUAGAAAACUGAUAACGAGAUGAGUUCAUAUAAGGUUCCAGACAACUUGGAGGUCAUUCUUAGCCAUGCUGACUCUACAGAUAUUGUCGAUCGCCUUCACGCUGGAGUUUUCCUGAAAGAAAAGAAAGAGAAGUUUUUCAUUGAGAAGAAUUCUGGUGCAAAUGCAUUCGAGUUGUAUGCGAGGGGUCUAUCAGUUGCUUUUGAAAACGAUCAACAAAGGGGUCUAUCAAUUGCUUUGGAAAAUGAUCAAAAUUCUUGGAUCUGGACUUCGGAGGGAGACACUGAGUAUGUAAUAUAUAAUUAA